AUGACGUCGGAGUGGCAGGAAGCCAAAGGGAAGAAAAACAAGAGGAAGAAGCAGCCUACAGAGCAGCUUCCGCGGCAGAGGAAGCGUGCGGCAAGUCCUGACGCGUUGAUCAUCCGCCCAAAGGACAAAGGGUCAUACUCUGAUAUCCUCAAGCGAAUGAAGCAGGACGCGACAGCUCGUGAAUCCCACCAGUGCGUGGAAAAGAUCCGGAACACGGCUACGGAAGACAUGUUGAUUAUCCUCUCGAAGGAGCACAGCGACAAAGCUCCAGGCCUGCAGAACGCCAUCACUGACCUCUUUGGACAUGAUGCGCAGGUCCUCAGUAAGACACCGGAAGAAGAUGUCAAAAUCAAGAACCUCGAGGAGACAGCAACGAAAAAAGAAAUCCUCGAAGCUUUGCAGAAGGCUGCCGGAGAAAGUUGCGGAAUUUCGCUAAAUGCGAUCAAGUCACUGCGGAAGGCAUACGGACGUACCCAGACGGCCUGGGUGAGACUGCCAGUCCCGACGACGAAGAAAAUUGUCGGAGAAUCCGGCAAGAUUAAGAUCGAGUGGGUAAACUGCCACGUCAGAAGAGUGGAAAGACCCCUGAAGUGCUUCAAGUGCUGGGACUUCGGGCAUCUUGCCAAUAAGUGCAAAAGCUUGGUUGACCGCUCCAAAAACUGUAUCAAAUGCGGUGAGGAUGGUCAUCUGGUCGCAAAAUGCGAGAAAGAUGCCAAAUGCGUCCUCUGCGUCGCAAAGGGUCGCAUAGACAACAGUGCUCAUAUUGCUGGCAGCGGUAGAUGCCCAGCAUACAAGGAGGCACUCCAGGCGUUGACCAAAAAUCGACGAUGA